GCGUUUUCUUAGUGGCCUUAGUAUAGUAUUGCGAUCAAGUCCAUUGGUGAUAAUCUUUAAUCUUUAAUAUCAUAAAUAUGAACUGCAUAGGCAUUUAUUUGAUUUUAUCGACAGCGGUUUUGGUUGUGCUAUCAGCACCUUCAGGGAUAGGUGAAACUAAUUCGGUUGAAAAGGAACCGGUAGUAUACAAAACAAGUGAAACUAAUUCGAUUGAAAAGAAACCGGUAGUAUACAAAACAAAUAAAGGUCCUCCCGAUGCACCGAAUAAAUGUUUAACUAGGGUUUCUAUGGGGUGUUGCUGUCCUUUAGUAACUUGUUUAUAUUUGGGUAGAAAAUGUUGUGGAUUAGAUGAUACAGAUAAUCCCAAUCCUUUUAGUUAUGCUGAUGAUAAAGAUUAAGAAGGAUUUAAAGGUGUCAUAAUAAUAUCCAGUUUCUUAACAGUUUCCAAUCAAUUAUCAAAUUGUGUAUUUAUUUUUUCAAAACCAUGUUUAUAUAUUUUACUAAAUCAUAAUAAACAUUUUUAUUCGGCCAA